CGCUCGGGCCGGCUAAGUGGGCAGGACUCGCGCAGGCGCACUCAACGCAUCGGGGCUCUUUUUCGCGAGCGCCGAGUUAAAUUUUUCCCGGCGGGCGCGGAUGAUCGUCGCCACUUCCGGUCGGGUUCCUAACAACGGGAGAGGCUGUAACCGGGGGGGGGGGGGGAUGGCGGAACGGACGCCGGAGCCCGAGGCCGAGACGGAGACCGGGGCCGAGGGCGAGGGCAGCGGGGAGGCGGCGGCCGAGGAGGGCGCGGCGGGCCGCAAGGCCCGGGGCAGGCCGCGCCUCACCGAGUCCGACCGGGUGCGGCGGCGGCUGGAGUCCCGGAAGAAGUACGACGUGCGGCGCGUGUACCUGGGCGAGGCGCACGGGCCCUGGGUGGACCUGAGGCGCCGCAGCGGUUGGAGCGACGCCAAGCUCGCCGCCUACCUCAUCUCCCUGGAGCGGGGGCAGCGCAGCGGACGCCACGGGAAGCCUUGGGAGCAAGUCCCCAAAAAGCCAAAGCGGAAGAAGAGAAGGAGGCGUAAUGUGAACUGCCUAAAGAACAUGGUGAUCUGGUAUGAGGAUCACAAGAACCGCUGUCCCUAUGAGCCUCACCUGGCAGAGCUGGACCCCACCUUUGGGCUUUAUACCACAGCAGUGUGGCAGUGUGAGGCAGGACACCGGUACUUCCAGGACCUCCACUCACCUCUGAAGCCGCUCAGUGAUUCGGAGAACGAGAGUGACAGAGUGGGCAAUGGCUUGGGGGCUGGAAGCUCAGACUCCUCAGGCUCUGAGUCUGACUCAGAUUCUGAUGGAAGGGCUCAGACUGUGCGAGCCUCCCCGGUGCCAGCUGCGCCACCUCCCCCAGCCCCCGAGGGCAGCAGCAGUGGGCUCAUCACACAGGACGGCAUCCACAUUCCCUUUGAACACCACAUGGACAACUUGACAGCGGAGCAGGGCACACCCCUGUGCCACAGCCCAACCACCAGCGGUCCCGAGAGCAUGGAGACUGUGGUGUGUGUGCCUGUGCCGGUCCAGGUGGGCACAGGCCACAGUGCCUUGUUUGACAGUGUGCCCCAGGAAGCUUUGGGCGAGAUGGUGGCCAGCUGUCCUGUGCCAGGGAUGGUGCCAGGCUCUCAGGUGAUCAUUAUCGCGGGCCCUGGCUAUGAUGCUCUGGCAGCAGAGGGCAUUCACUUGAAUGUGGCCAGUGGUGGCGGCAGUGGAGAAGAGGUGCCCUGUGCUGUGAUUGAGGGCGUGGCCGCCUACACCCAGACUGAGCCCGAAGGCCGUCUGCCUGACCCCUGCGGCCCCACGGAGAGCAUGGCGUUUAUAGAAACCAAAAAAGAGAAGGAAGAACUCUAUGUCCUCAAGAAGGAAGAGAAAGAAGAGCUGUCUUCCCCAGAACUGGAGGAGUUAGAGACAGUGGCUGAGAACAUGGAGCCCGAGCCUGAGGAGUUAGACAGCAAUGACAUGUCAGCCAUCAUUUAUGAGAUUCCCAAGGAGCCUGAGAAGAGGCGGCGCAGCAGGCGGGGCCGUGCCACAGAUGCUGAUGGUCUGCUGGAGAUGUUUCAUUGCCCCUAUGAAGGCUGUAGUCAGGUCUACGUAGCCCUGAGCAGCUUCCAGAAUCAUGUGAACCUUGUCCACCGGAAGGGGAAAACGAAAGUGUGUCCUCACCCAGGUUGUGGCAAGAAGUUCUAUUUAUCCAAUCACCUUCGAAGGCACAUGAUCAUCCAUUCAGGUGUCCGAGAAUUUACAUGUGAAACCUGUGGGAAGUCCUUCAAGCGAAAAAAUCACCUCGAGGUUCAUCGACGGACACAUACAGGAGAAACCCCUUUGCAGUGUGAGAUCUGUGGUUACCAGUGUCGCCAGAGAGCAUCCUUGAAUUGGCACAUGAAGAAGCACACGGCCGAGGUGCAGUACAACUUCACCUGUGAGCGCUGUGGCAAGCGCUUUGAGAAGAUGGACAGCGUCAAGUUUCACAAGCUCAAGAGCCACCCUGACCACAGACCCACGUGAUCCUGGCUGCCUGGCCAAAGGACAUUCCUAUUUAUUUGUCCCCACUGACCUGGGCCCUUCUCCCUAAACCCGACCCCACUUCACAAAGGCUCUUCUGGGGGGCUAAAGAGAGCUAGCCCCAGAAUGGGGCUGCAGGCAGUAUAGGUGGACACUGAGGGCACCAGGGCAAGCCGUGAAGCAAGGAGAUGGCCUCCAAGAGUAGCUCUUUGCUCUUGGAUCAGGGUUCUGCUGGUUGAUAUAGCAGGUGUUGUAAGGAUCUACUUGGAUGUCAUGGGGCAUGGAUCCACCCCCUUAAAGCUGAGAUCUUUCAGCUAAGUCACUGGGCAAGAGGGCUGGACACCUGGAACAGUGUUAAGUGAGCAAAAGUGAUUAAAAAAAAAAAGACACCAAAAAAAUCCCUCUCCCCACCCCACCUCUGUAUGCUCCAGAACACUUGGGAAGAUUAGGCCCAGUUUUACACUACCAUCCUUUGGGCCCUGAAAAGAAAAAGGAAUGCCCCGAGUGCUUUCCCCAUUUGUCCAUAGUCUUCUGCUUUCCUCCGAGGCUCCUGCCUCAGACCUCUGCUCUCCUGUUUGCCUUCAUAGCUGAGGGUUGGCCUUGUCUGUAGAUAGGAGGAAAUCCUGGUCACUUGGCGGGAGGAAGGGAAGAGGAGUGCUUGCUUUCCUAAGGGAAGGUUGGGAGGAUGCCAGGGUGUGCUUUAGGGCCUGAUACCUAUUCUCCUCUCAUGUUGUGGGGGCAGGAAAGCACCCUCCUUCAAUCUGGUGAAACUAGAGAGCUGUUUGGCACAUGUUGAAGGGCUCCUUUAGCUUUGGGUCAGGUUAUGGCCUCUUAGACUUGGGAGCCCAGGAUUUUGCCACCCUCCAACUCAUCUCAUUGUUCCUGGUGGUUGAUGGCUCAGUUCUUCAUGAACUUGAUGAAUAGUCAGGCAGCCUUAAUGAAAGAGGGGAAGCCUCUCGCUUUCCCCAAGAUCCUGCAGCUAGAACUCGGUGUCAGUCAUCAUCAAGCCUUUCCCUAGGUGGGGCUAGAGGACUACCCUUCUAAGAACUGGGCUUGGUUGGCCAGGGUUUAACACGAGUGGGCUGUUGGCCCAGUACUUAGCGGCUCCCCAGUAGGGGGGGCAAGUGGUACCAUGUGCCCUUUGCCGAUGAAUAGAUUAAGUACUUUCGGUUGUGUCCUGGGCCCCAAAGGGGCUGGGGGCGAAGCCAGUUAUGGUCCCAGAUUCAGGGCUUUGCCCCCCACGUCCCAUUCUGCCUGCAGUGAGACUUCCCGGGGAAAGGAAACUCAGUCUUCGUUGGGGGUUACAUCGAGUGCUAGACAAACCGGAAACCCCACAUUUCAAUUCCGUUUUGACAAUUUAGCCUCUGACGCUGACUCUGGCCAAGUUUCCACGGUUUCCUUUCGCCAGGAGGUGGCGACUGAGUUCUUCGGGAGCGGAACACGUGAGCAGCUGCGCUGCCGGGAGCCCAGGCAUGUGCCUCGCCCCUCACGCCCUCGCCUCCCGCCCUGGGGCUCCCGUGACUAUGAUUGGCUACAAUCGAACCUGGUUCUUGGCCAGCCAGAUGCUCCCGCGCCGAACGGGAGGCGGAGCUCUGCCUUUCCUUCCCAUUCUGGCCCUUCGCCUCGAGCUUACUUUCCAGGUUUGGGGAGGGGCGGCUUGGAGCCCGUGGUUUUAGGUGAGGGUGGAGAAUAUUCUCGCAGUUUAGAAUCCGAGCGGCAGCCUCAGACAGCGCCCCCUCCCCACCCGGGCGGCCGCAGCUGGCAAGCCGCAGUUACCAUGGGAACCCCGUUUGGGCUGCAUGCUUUCUAGAAGCUGCUGGUGGGGAGCGCCGUAUCCUCCCAUUCCACCGCGCGCAUCACCUUCUCUCCCUGGACCCUGGUGGACUGUCAGUUAUUCCCCGCCCACGGAGGAUAGACCCGCUGGUGUGAGGGGAAACGUGCUUUCUAUAUUCUAUUCUGACCAAUAGGCGAGCCUGCGUUUAGCUCCCGGGCUCUGCCGACGCUGUUAGAAAACAUUCCAUUGGUUUCCUUUUUCCUCAGCGAGGCUGGCGUGGAGAUUUUACUGGCUGUGGGUGGGUGGAUCUGAACAAACCAGAGAGAGAAUCAGCGCUGGGGGGGGGGGGGGGGGGAAGCAAAGCCCAUAGCGCCCCCUCCCCCCGUCCCUGGCAGCUCGGGGAGAACAAUGCAUUCAGUAGUUCCAGGAGCGGAGGGCAGGUGUCAUUUUCAGCUAGUCCUCCCUCCCCCAUUGGCCCGCCAAUCUGAGCACUUGUUCGAGACGGGUAUUCUUUCACCGCACAGUUCAGAGCUCACGAAGUCUGUCCGUCGAGGUAUUGCUACGUAGCCUUCUAAUUGCUUCUCUUACAAGUCGAGGCGAUUGGCCUUUGUAUAAAUCCUCCCGACUGCGCCCCCUGUUGCCCAGUUCAUGAUUGGCUAGCUCUAGGUCCUUAGACGUGAACAUCUGCCUACAAUUUGUUUCGUGACUUUCCCCAAUGGGGUGACUCGAUUCUUUCGGUGGAUCUGACAACCAUAGUGUGGAGCUCUGAGUGAAGCUGAUCGGUGACAUUGAAACCAAAGGGCAAGAAUAGGACAAGAUAGACCUUGUCCCUCUGCUUUUUAGUCUCCUUUUGUUUCGAUCUCCGACUCAGAGGUUACGGUACAGGCGAGG